UUUUUUUUGUGGGUUCAAUGAGCAAAUGUACUUUAAAUGGUUAGGGUAAGGCUCGAAACGCAAAGGAUUUAGUGAGAGACGUCUUUUUCGAUUGACGAAUGGCUCUUUCCUUCCACACAGCGGCCAUAUUGAGCGUUGCAUUCGCUCCGCAUUCUUUGUAAUGGCAGUGGCCCAUCUUGUUGAUAUUUAUCAUCUUUGGUUAUGUGUCUUAACGCCAGUUCAUAAACUCCAAUGGUUUAUCUCUAGUGCUGUAGGGGCAGACUGUUUGAAUCUCUAUUUCAUUUGGGAACGUCUUUCAAACCACUUAGCUAUCAAACGGGAACGUUUGUUUCGUCUGGUUGGCGCAGGGAAGAGAAAACAUAAUAAAAAAAGUGACAGUGAUGGCGAGCAGCCCUGCAGUGCUGAUGCGCCUGGUGGCUACAGCCUAUGCUGUGGCGGAAAAGGCUGGCUCUAUUGUCAGGAAGGUGCUUUACAGUGGAGAGCUUGGCAUCAUUGAGAAGACGGGACCCAAUGACCUACAGACUCUGGCUGACAGACUUGUUCAGAAGAGUAUAUGUGCAUCCUUGUCAAAAAUGUUUCCGAAGGUUACUAUCAUCGGUGAAGAGGAUUUACCAGCUGAGUCUGUUGAAGAUGACCUGAUAGAGAUUGGGCUGAACAGUGUAGUCCUACAAAAGCCAUGUCCUAAUCAGUAUACUAACCUAAAGGAGGAAGAGCUGGUUGUGUGGGUGGACCCUCUUGAUGGUACCAAAGAAUAUAGUGAAGGACUUCUAGAUCAUGUGACAGUGUUGAUAGGCAUUGCUUAUGGAGGGACAGCCAUUGCUGGAGUCAUCAAUCAACCUUUCUACAACUACCAGAUGGAGGCUGGUGCUGCUUUGGGCCGAACGUUAUGGGGAGUGUUAGGUUUGGGUGCAUUUGGGUUCCAACUCCAGGAAGUCCCAGAUGGGAAAAGAAUUAUCACUACCACGCGAUCCCAUAGCAAUAAGCUAGUGACCUCAGCAGUUCAAGCCAUGGAUCCUCAUGACGUCAUUAAAGUGGGUGGAGCUGGGAAUAAGAUCAUCCAGCUAGUCGAAGGAAAGGCCUCUGCAUAUGUUUUUGCCAGUCCAGGCUGUAAGAAGUGGGACACAUGUGCACCUGAAGCAAUUCUGCAUGCAGUUGGAGGCAAACUAACAGACAUGCAUGGUGUAGGAUACAGAUAUGAUGCAGAUGUAAAGCACAUGAACUCUGCUGGUGUGUUGGCAACACUGCAAGAUCAUCAGUAUUAUUUAAGCAGAGUACCCGAGAAUGUCCUACAAGAGCUUCCUCGAGACUGAACUAAUGAACAACUUUAAAGCAAUAUGCCAUUAAUGAUGUCCUUGUCAUAAAACCGUAAUUAAUUUAGCAAAUGAUUUUGUACAAUUUUCUAAACUACACAUCCUGAUUCAUUACUGCUUACAUUUACCUAAAUAAAAAAUGUAUACGAGGGACUAUUUUAGGAGAAUUGUUUAUGUUUUGACGUGUUUUUCAGGCUUGAUUAUGAAUAUUUGAAGAGUUGGGUCUUACACUAUCAUGUAAUCUGUUUGAGAUGUUUUGCAUUAUGCAUAAUGUAAAACAAAUGUUAAGCAGUGCCAUUAGCACUUUGUUUCGUGAUAUUCUUAAAUAUGCACAAUAAUCAUAUAUAGUUCAGUAGGCUACUGCUAUGGUCACAAUAUUUUAGAUUAGCUUAAUAUGUAUCUGUUUGUAAGCAAACUUUGAUCAGUUUCAGCUUUCUAACUUAUUCAGUUGCUUCUGGGUUGCCAUGAGACCAUAUUGUACUGUGGGUAUACAAUACAUACGCCAGGUUUCCAUCCAAAUGUGAUGCAAAUCUUUUCAAAGUUCGCAAUAACAGGAGGAAUGACUAAUACGAAAUUGGUGUGUUUCCAUUAGAGAUGCAACAAUACAGUUAACCCAUGGUUCAUGUACCUCUGUUUUUUACCCACGGUUUUUGGUUCGGUUUGGUUCUGAUGGCUUGGCACAUUAAAGUGUUUUUCAUUAUUCUAUGCUUAUGUGACAGGAACAGUAAGAAGUUAAGAAGAAAAAAUAUAUAUUUUAAUACCGUUCUCUUUAUUUUACUUUUACUUAUUUCAUUCUCUUUAACCCAAAACAACUUGUACAAUUCCUGGUGUAUUGAAAAAUAUAAAUUAAAGAUAUAUAAAAUGUAGUGAUUCAAUAGGGAACAGUGUUAUUUACACAAGAAGUUUGCACUGCACUCUUGUUUUUCUUCUGUAGUUGUGGUGCGUUAAUCUAAAAGAGUAUCUUUAUACAAAAUUAUUCGCACUCACAGAGAUAUAAAUGUAUUUUGGUGUUUUAUUUAAUCAUUGGAGGACAAAGACAGAUGUUUUGGCUAAUGUCUUCAGUGUGUUUAGCCAUUAAUGUGGAUACAACACUCGUGAUAUACUAUAGCAGUUGUGGUGAUUAUAGACGUGAUCUUGGAUGUUUAUGUAUGGUAUUUAAGUUAAUAAGUGGGAUAUGUUGACGAGUAUGGGGUUAUUUUUGUUUCUUUAUUAUUCAUAUUAUUUAUAUUAUAUUUUUUUUAUUUCAAAACAGAGGAAUGUGUUCACGAAUUCAUUUGCAAUGUACGUUUUUCUUUUAGCAGUUCACAGUUUUCAUCACGUACCAACACGCUUCGCUCUCUGCUCUGCUGUGUUUGUUUGCGGAAAAAAAACUUUUGGGUUGAAAAGUAUUGCGGAACAGAAACUUUGCUUAUGGGUUGAAAUGUUUUGCUUGCAAGUGAGGCCGCAUCUCAAUUGGGUGGGAUCUACCAACCUGAAUGAAAGACCUCUCUGUAUAUAUUGGCCACUUUCAUUCGAAGUGACCGAAUGGCCACACCAACUAAUGUAGAUGUGUAACCAAUGUGUUAAUCUCUUUAAUCUAAUUAUGUUACGCUAGUACAUAACUAGUAGUUAGUGAUACAUCUUUAUAGUUUUGAUCAAUUAACAGUAGCUUUAGCUUCUAUAGUCUGUUAGACUAAUUUACGUUGUUUUAUGAUUGCUGUUCGUUUUGAGAGAAUAGCCUGCCUGCCCUGGUUUUAUACAGGCAACAGUCUUACACAGAUAGUAUUACCAUUGUUACGUUUAAUAAUAUUCACUCAGUGUAUACAGACAUUAAACAUUUACUCAAAAAUGUCAACACCUAUUGUACAGACAUAACUGAUUUUAUUAUUUAGUAUAACAUUACUACUGAAUAGGUUUAAUAUAUUAAAUACCUUCAAUAGGCUAUAUGUCCCAAAGUAGUCCAUAUAAAAAUGAAAAACACAAGUAUGAUUUUAGUAUAUUUAUUCUGUUACUCCAAUAAAAUUACAAAAAAACAUGAAUUGGAAAUAUUUUGGUAUAUGUAUGUCAGAGCCAUUGAGAAGAGAGAGUUCUGCCAACGGAAGUCCAAAACGCUGGAGCGUCACGUGAUUCAUGGAGCCUUCAGAUAGUUCCAGGAAGUUAUGUUUUCGCUUUAAAUGCUGUUUAGUCGCCGCUCCAUGCGUUACUAGUAACUUCUGGAAACUAUUGAGAGCCUCCAUUGCUGUGAAAAAACUGUUCCAUUGGAGUCAACGGAGUUGACGCGACUCGCUCUCUCUCUCUCUCUCUCUCUCUCUCUCUCUCUCUCUCUCAAUGGCUCUGAUGUAUGUAUAAUGACUUGUGUACCAAUAGUAAUUGUUUGUAUUCAGUCAACACCUAUUUGGAGAAAAACCUUUCAGACCUUUAACACUGGUUUAAUUUCUUGUAAUUUAGUAACUCGUAUUAAUUUCUCACAUGACUCUUCGAUGGAGGUUACACUGAAGUCAGGUGAUGACGGGUGAUAUGGUGGUGGAUUUUAAAGGAAAAUGGAGGCCAUGAAUCUGACUUAUCAUCUGGGUAAAAGUGUGGAGGUGGUGAAAAGAUACUAUGCUCUACUUUAGGGGGAUACAACAUUGACCUGUAAGGAUGGCUACUAGAUUGUUAUUGUUUUAAACUGACUGGAGUCAACAGCAGAGAGGAUGACGACAACAGUCAACUCAAAGCAUCCUCUCCACACAGCUUAUUUUGGAGAGUUGAGAACCACAAAGUGAUACUGGACAUCUUUAUGGCCUCCUAUCAGAUCGCUCCCCAUCAUUCCUGCAAAAGCACCAACAAUUAUAAUUACAAUCUCAUCUUCUUCAACUUGUUACUAUGUACUGUGUAUGUUUUUAAAUGCCCCUAUAUGAUCUAUCUCAUUAUCUUUUAUGACUGCUUCAGGUUUACUCAAUCCAGUCAACUGAUCCAAAACUGUAAUUACAUUUAAAUGGGGACAGUCAGUUUAAUACCUGAAUGUAAAUGUAACGUGUGGGAAUAUUUUUCAGAUAAAAGUAUGAUUUAAUUAUCAAUAUAAUCAAUAAGUGUUUUCUUUCAUUAAAUCAUUAAGCUGUGUGCUUUUGUCAUGUGCUUUCUAUUUUACUCAGUGGAAAGUUACUGUGGCAAACGAAGUGAGACAGGAUAAG